GUAAAAUUUAAGAGCCAAAAUCACACAAGUUUAUGACGACAGGGGGUUAACCGCAAUAUUACCCAACAGAAUUUCGAAGAAAACUGCAGGAAAUUUCUUCACAUUUUACCGCUCUUAACUUCAGAGUUCCCACCUGAAAGUCUUCGCCCUUCGUCUUAUGAGUCAACUCGGACUCAUGUAUUUACUUCAUUACACAUUCCUGGAGAAAUUUUAUCUGCGUCUGUUCUUCCAGAUUGUCCAGGCGGCACCAGCUUCUCUCAAAUCGAGUUCAGUUAAUUGUUUCAGGGCAGCAUUUGAGGGAACAUGGCGAAUAAACUUAUAGACCUUGGUUUGGGACCAGUACAUGGUUACAUUUCCCUUGAGAAGAAGAUGCAACAUGUUCAAAAAGAACUUGAUCAUUUGGCGUGUCGAUCAGGUGAUAUGAUCACGAGAGUACGAGGUGCACACUCACACCAGCAAAAGAAAAGGAAGAGGGCAGUUGAAGAGUUGUUUAAGGUAGUUGAGGAUAUAAAAAUAGAAUUUGAAUGCCUCAAAGAGCAAGCCCAGCAAACUAGCUUUUAUAAUAUUUAUGCACGUUGGAAGAUGGUGCAACAUGUUGAUAAAAUGAUUAAGGAACUUACAAAGCAGGGUGCAUCUCUGGAGAAGAUUUUGCCUGGUGGGCUGCUAGUAGAAACAGAGUGGCAAGGCCGAACAAUUGAAAUAAAUAUGAAAGAAAUCUGGGCUUGGCUUUUGAACGAUGGGAUCUCAAGUGUUGGAAUAUAUGGUAUGGGAGGGGUGGGCAAAACAACUUUAGCAAAACGUAUCUAUGAGGAUUUCGUCAUUGGAACUAAAUUCGCUGAUAGAGUUUACUGGGUUGCUGACCCACAAGAGGGCAGCAUCCAUAAAUUACAGGACAGUGUUGCCAAAGCCGUAAAUGUGGAUCUCUCAAAUGAGGAAGAUGAGAGGAAACGAGCAGCCAAAUUGUUCAUAGCAUUGAGCAGAAUGGAAGAUUUUGUGAUCAUAUUGGAUGAUGUUUGGAUCCCAUUUGACAUAAAUAAAAUUGGAAUUCCUUUAGGCUUAGAUGGAAGCAAGUUGAUAGUAACCAGUCGAUCAUUAGAAGUGUGUCGUCAAGUAGGUUGCCAAAAGGAAAUAAAAGUCGAACCUCUUUGCGAGAAAGAAGCUUGGACAUUGUUUCUGGAGAAACUUUGUCCUCCACAUGAACUUCCUUUGGAUGUAAAGGAGAUCGCGAAGUCUAUGGUGCAAAGAUGCGGUGGUCUGCCGCUCGGGAUUAUCACCAUUGCUGGACGGAUGAAGGGAGUGCAUGGCAUUCAUGAGUGGAGGGAAGUCUUAGAAGAGUUGGAAGGAUCUUUUGUUGGGCAAAAUGACAAUCUCUUUGAUAUCUUGCAUCUCUCUUUUAAUCACUUGAGAGAUCGGAGAUUGAAGGAAUGCUUCUUGUAUUGCUCUUUCUACCCUGAAAACUACAAAAUUCCAAGGGAUGAAUUGAUAAGAUUGUUGAUUUUGGAAGGACUCAUGGAUAAAAGAAGAUCGAGGCUAUCGUUAUUUGACCAGGGCCAUGUGAUACUGAAAAGACUUGAAAGGAUGUGCUUAUUGGAAAGUAAUGAUAGAGAAAUUGAAUGUGUCAAGAUGCAUUGUUUGAUACGAGAUGUGGCACUAAGGAUGAUAGACUCUGACAGUAAGUAUAUGGUAAAAUCUGGAAGAUGCUUGCAACGCAUACCAGAUGAGAUUGAAUGGAAAGAGGAUUUGGAAAAGGUCUCAUUGAUAGAUAACAACAUAUCAUUAAUUCCGUCAGGCAUAUCACCUAAGUGCCCUAAACUUUCAAGCUUGAUUUUGGCGAGUAAUCAUUUAAGAUCGAUUCCUGAUUCAUUCUUUUCUCAGUUGAGAGCCCUCCGAGUUCUGGAUUUAAGCCGCAACUAUGACCUUGAAGUGCUGCCAAACAGUGUUUCACAAUUGAGUAACCUUAUUGCACUGUUGCUAUCUGAAUGUUACAGACUCAGUUUUGUACCGCCACUAGGGGGGCUCAAGGCAUUGAAGGAAUUAGAUCUAUAUCAUACUGCUAUUAAGAAUGUGCCUGAAGGCUUGGAAAGAUUGGUCAAUCUGAACUGCCUAAACAUUGAUAGUACAGGAUUAAGGACGAUUCCAGAUGGUACAAUCUGCAAACUCUCCCAUCUUCAAAGCCUCCGGAUUCCAGAAAAUGUGGAAGUCAGAGUAGAAGAACUAAAAGCAUUGAAACAUCUAGAAGAAUUUCAAGGUGGAUUUUAUGAUAUAGAUACUCUUUGUCAUUUUGUUCGAUAUCGCCAGAGCUACGAAACUCCCAUUUUUUAUAGUAUUGAAGUGAGCCCAAGUCUAAGCCUGUUAUGGUUUCCAUCUCCAGUUCCAUGCCAAAUAAAUAACAAUGUGACACUUAGUGGCAUAGAUCUAGGAGGAGGAAAGAGUGCCAUAGUGCUGCCAGAGGACAUUCAACAACUAGCUCUAAUAAAUUGUCAUGGGCUAAGCGCCUGCUUAACCACUGCUUUCUCAUCGUUCAAUAUUCAAAGAAGAGGCUUGACUCUGUGUUUAAUUGACAAUUGUCCUGAACUGGAAUGCAUCAUGAAGGUGUCUUCUUCUGAAGACCAACUAGUUGGAGAGAUGAUUUUAUCUCCUUGGGCCCCACUGGAAAGCCUUGAGCAUUUGAGUCUCCAUUUGUUGCCAAAUUUUGUUGGACUCUUCAAAUGGGAAAUUGAAUUUGACCCUCCAUGUAGGAUUUUUUGCCAUCUAAAAUCAAUUACCAUCAGCAGGUGCAAUACAAUGACGACAAUAUUCACACCAUGUUUGCUGCAACACCUUCAAAAUCUGGAAGUGGUUGAAUUGCUGUUUUGUGAUCGAUUGGAAGAGAUAAUAGCUGACAAGGAAGGGGGCAAAGUACGUUCCAGUCUAAGUAACGGUGACCAACACUCUCUUAAAACCUUUGUCAACUUCCCAAGGCUUAAAAAGUUGACUUUACAACAUCUGCCAAAACUAAGGAGCAUCUGUGAGGGAAUAAUAAUCUGUGAUUCCAUUGAGAAUAUUAGGGUAAUAGGGUGUAAAAAUCUUGCAAGGAUGCCUCUUUCCUUUUCCAGCAUUGAUGGACAACCAACUCCCUCCCCGCCCCUUAGAGCUGUUGAAAUCUUGAAUGAAGAGCUUGAGUGGUGGAAGUUGUUGCAAUGGAAAGAUCCUGGUUCAGGGAGUGUCAUACAACCUUUUGUUCAAUUUGUUGCUGAAUCUCCAGUAGUUUAAUCAAUGUCCCCUUCAAUCCUCAAGUGAAGUAGUGUUUGAUGAUGAUCCGCUAGCUAGAUAUCAGGGAGAUUCUUGCACUGAUAUGACCAUGGCCAUUUGUUUUCAUUCUUUACCAAAUUCUAUUUGUAUCUCCAUCCGUCCUGCCUAUGUCCUUCAGAAUCAGGGGCAGUACUGGUUUGGCUCUCAUUUCUGCUUUUGCUGUAAAUCUUGUUCUGCUUUUAACAACCAAAUGCAUGUUCUUUGCUAUAGGUAAUAGCAGUAAUUAUCUAUUUCGGGUCAUUGACUUAUGUGCACUUUACUACUUUGGCUAGUUCCUUGUGGCUGAUAUGGUGAAAAUAUCUAGUGUUCAUCUGCGCAUUCUCAAUUUUCUUAUUUUUGCUUCCUUUAGCAAUAAUUUGCUUGUUCCAUCCUUUUUGUACAAGGCACAGGUUGAGUAUUUGGUAGAAAAAAAAUGCAAGAAAUCUAUCCAUCACUGGAGAAUGCAAAUUGAGAAACUAGAGGAGCAACCUUUAUAUUUCUAUAUUGGCAAUUUGGGCUUGGAAUAAAUGGGUUUCUAGUCUCAAGUGGCUACUUUUACCAUAUCUGUCAUUGAUAGGAAAGAAGUAGUCAAUUGAUUAUAACAUUCUUGGGGUACUCAAAUAAAUUCUUGCAAAAUAAUGGUCUUGAAAGCGUCCUUAUAUUUCGUCUUAUGACUGACAUAUUUAGACCAAUUAGGCAAAGUUUGGAAUUUCAUUUAGAAUUCUCUCUCAUGAUGGUCGGUUGACUCAGAGGCCUUCGUUUCCAGACAAUCCAUGACAGUCACAGCUAUUCUGUGUUAUUAAUAUUCACAAAUUGGGGAUACUAGGAUAUAUGGGAUCCACUUACCAAGAAAAGGAGAAGAUAUGUAAGAUCUCCAGCAGACUGGCUGGUGCUCUGGCAAUUCUUCCUGAUUUGACUUUGAAUAAGCCUCUGACCUCAUUUUCGCUGUGGCAUCACCAAAUAUUCUAGCUGAUGCUCAAGAUCUUUUACUUAAUAUCUAUAAACAUGUUGAGAACCCCUUGAAUUUCUAGCAGUUUUCAUGGCUUCUUUUUUGGUUUGGCUCUUUUGAAUCCCAAACUUCCAAUUAGAUUAAUAAUUCCUAAUUACUAGUUUAUAGUGUUCUUCCCCUUUUCUUUGCUUGCUUGCAUCAGUGCUACCCCGUCUUGGGGUGAGAUCUUAGGUGACAUCUGUUUAUUUUCCUGUGUUUUCUUGCUUUAAUCUUUGACCAUAUGAUUUCCUGUGUUUUCUUGCUUUAAUCUUUGACCAUACGAUUAUAGCUUUGCAGCACAGCAACUGUUGUUGCUGGGAAGUGCAUGAGGAGAAUACUUGGAGCCUCUUUUGUGUUCAUCCGCAGUUGGAAAUAAAGUUUGUUAUUAUCUUAGAUUUCCUUGGAAUAUGCUCCAGUACCUCUCAACCACACCCAGGUUUCGCUUCUCUCAGGAAGCGAGCCUAAUAUAGAGCUGAACCAGCAUUUGCUGGAAGCCAACUUGGAUAUGCCAUCUAAGCAAUUAAGAGCUAUGGAUUGUUGAUCUGCCUUUUGGGCACUAAUUUCUCAACUCUCAUUGGCUUUCGAAUGUGUUGAGUUUGAACUUUCCUAUACUUAAGAAUUUAUCCAGUUGCCUUGAAACAUAAUCCAACUUGUUUCAGCGGACACCAAAGCAGUGGCUUUUGGAGAAACAAAUUGGACGGGUUGGACGGGUUGGACACAAACACGUACACCAUGAAGAAUUGGUCCAACAAGUCCCAAGCAAAUUAAAGUUGUCUUUCAUAGUGGAAUAUCCUGUCAUCGAUAAAGAAUUUCUGGGAUGGAAUUUCUGGGUGUGACUAUCGGCCAUUGUAAAGCAGACAAAUCUCAUACAACCAAAUAGGACUUUAUUCAUACAAUCCGUUUUCUUUCCUGUCGCUAUUCUUGAUUUGGCGGGAGGCAGAAGGGAAGAAAAGCGAGUCACCGGAAUUCAAGAAGCUUGGGAAGAGAUCCCGACAAACAGAGAAACAGGAAAGCUUCGACAAGGUCGAAAGAGCAAAUUUCUGGCUUCUGAGUUGAACCUCCAACAACGUUUUCGCUUGUCCAAGUCCAACCGAUUAACAGCAGCAUGGUCACUGGGAUAUGGCAUUCUGUUGGUUGGAUCACUCUUCAUUAUCUCAGUGGCCAUGUCUCUCAUCAAAGGAUGCAUCUUCAAGCAAUCCACUCCAUCAUUCACAACACGAUCCAGUAAACAAGCCUUCUCGAGUGCUUUGAGUAUGAGGAUAGAGCAAUGCAAGAAGCUGGUCUUCCACCUUUCAUUUCUCAAGCCAUAAAAACUGCUUUUCAUUACCUCAAAAACCGCAUCAUCUGGUCGUUCUUCCAUCUCUGCCAAUGCAUCUCUCCACUGGCGAAUGUCAUUAGCCCCUAUCAUGCUUCUCGCCUUAGCGAUGAUCCCAAGAGGCAAACCUCCGUACUUUUCUGAAAUAGACCUGGAAAUCUCUUGGACAUCCGGUAGGAGCUCUUGGUCCCUACUACGAAGUUUCUCCAUAAACAGCAUCCGACCUUCAUCAGCAGAAAGAGAGGAAUUCCUAUCGUUCCGACAUCAAUAGGCGUCAAUAAACCGUCGAGUAUGAUCACAAACUUGUUCUUCCUCUCUAAUGCCGAGGCUAAUUUGGCUGCCCUCCUAUCAUCACCGGCAUCCAUAUUUGGGAGAUCGAGAUGCAAGACUGUCGCCAAGUCGUCCUGCAAUUUGGAGACUUCAGAAUUAGCAUCACUGAACCAAUAUACAUGCUUCAAAAAUUUGUCUUCUUUUAAUAGCUCGUUAUGGAUAUGACUUGCUACAGCCGUCUUGCCUACUCCAGGCAUACCAUAGAUUCCAAUGCAUGAAACCUUGUCAUCCAUUAACAAAGCCCGUGUGUCUGUCAAA